AUGUCUCCUGAGAAUGCUGUUAGUCAUGAUUUACCAUGGGAUUGUUUAACUGAAAGGCUUCGUCUCAUAGGACUUAUACCACAUGAUGUAGGUGGAUUUGGGGAUUGUUUCUUUAAAUCAGUUUCGCACCAACUGUAUAGGACUGCUGACUUGCAUCUUGAAAUUCGUAUGGCUGGAAUUGGCCAUUUACAGAGUUACCCAGAAUUGUAUAUUGAAAGCAUUUCUAAUGAUCACUGGAAUAACUAUAUUCAACAAAUGUCAAAACAAGGCACAUGGUGUGAUAACAUCAUAAUGCAAGCUGUGGCCAAUGCAUACAACUGUGUCAUUCAUAUCACACAGUCUAAUAUAAAUUCACCUGAAAGUACAAUCUUAACUCCUGUUGCUGAUCAGGAUGGACGAAAGACAAUAUUUAUUGGAUAUAUUAACGAGUUGCAUUAUGUUUCAACAUUGACUGACAAAAACAGUAGAUAUAAAACAAACUCACAUGCAUAAAGAGAAAAUUAUCAGAAACCAAUGAAAACAGACAUGGUAGACUUCUUAAGCACAGAAAUUACAUGAAAAGAGUCAAAUAUACAGAAACAGCUAAUGAAAGGGCAAGCAGACUUGAAGAUAAGAGAGGCACUUAUAGAAAAACAAUGUCUGAAGAAACUGCUGAAAAGCGAAAAGAGAGACUUAAAAAUAAGAGAGACACUUAUAGAAAAAGAGUGUCUGAAGAAACUGUUGAAAAGCAAAAAGAGAGACUAAAAAGUUACAAAGACUCUUAUAGAAAAAGAACGUCUGAAGAAACUGUUGAAAAGCGAAAAGAGAGACUUGCAAAUAGGAGAGCCAGUUAUAAA